CAGCAUUUCCUCCGCCACAAGUCUCUUCAUACUCUCCCAUUUGACUCCUAUCACUCUCCUCUUCCUUAAGAAACUACUUACAAAGCUCUCUCAAAAUACAAAGCUCUCUCAAGCUCAAGUGCUUCUCUCUCAAUGGCCAUCCUCAGGAAAUCCAACAAGCUCUCUCAGGCAGCCCUCGUCAAGCAGAUCCUCAAGCGAUGCUCGAGCCUGGGGAAGAAGCACGGUGGUAGCUCAUACGACGACGAGGACCAGGGCCUCCCCUUCGAUGUCCCCAAGGGCCAUUUCGCGGUUUACGUGGGGGAGAACCGGAGCAGGUACAUCGUGCCGGUCUCCUUCCUGACUCACCCUGAGUUCCAGUACCUCCUCCAACAGGCCGAGGAGGAGUUUGGGUACGAUCAUGACAUGGGCAUCACGAUCCCCUGCGAGGAAGUCGUUUUCCGGUCUCUAACUUCGAUGCUACGAUGAAAUGGAGGCCGAGCAUGGAUUAUUUGAUUCGAUGCGGGUUUUGCACGUACAUAAAGGGAGAAGAUGUGCCAAGAUGAAGCAGAACAUUAUAGAGAGAUGCUUCUCUUUUUUUGCAUCUUCCCAUGUUUGUGCUGCCCCUUGAUCUUAAUUUGUUGUCUAACCCCUUUUUUUUUUUUUGUGGGAUGUCUUUUUUUUCCAUGACUUGGACCCCUUUUAGGGUUUUCAUGUACCCCCAAUGAUGUAAUGAAUGACAACUGAUUGAUCCCAAUUCCAGGAACGUUAGUCUUGGUGAGGAUUUGUAUAAAAUUUGAUGGAUUUUCUCCUAA